UCACCAGUCAGCGCGGAGAAAUGCUGGGAAUACUGGGAAAGGUGCUCGCAGAGGCAACGGUACACCGACAGCCAGUGUCUUGUGAUUAGGGGACCAACGAGCGUGGACUUCGACGAGCAGGAUCGAGGAGCGGCGCACGGAUAGUGUCCUGGAAUCAGGUGAAGCUUGGAUGGACCCCGAUCAGGUCGAUACAGUGUCGGGAUGACGGUUGGUCGAUCGUGCAAGCGUUCUCCAGUGUCGUAAAGCAACCUGGAGUGUCUGCUUGGACGACUAGGCGUUGGAACCCUCUGCUUGUCCAGGAGUACCGUGAAUGGUGAGCUUGGACCGUUGACAAAUCACCACCUGCAUCUUAAACGCAUCUUCGCGAGUUCGUGGACCUGGACAGUUGGAUGUGUGGUGGUAGCUUUCGAAGGGGAAGGAAUGUGAAAUUGAUUAAAUUGAUAGUCGUCAAACUUUGUGGAUGGGAAAACGUAAAUGGCCAACAGAAGCAUUAUUUAAAUAAUACUGUAGUAUUUUAAACCUUUGAUUCUGAUUUACAGUAUAAGAAAAUUGUAAAAAAGAGUAGUGAUAAAAGUAGUCACUUAUUUAAAAGUACGAAUAAUCCACGUAGUACUCCACUCAUUAUUAAAAUGGUUGAAAAGCAGAGAUUCUAUAAUAAAAAUGACAAUACAUACGAAUGGUUACCACUGAAUUACAAAAGCAGCCCUCUGUUACCAAGAUCCUUUCUUGCGUCACCGGUUGACGAAAACUCGAGGCACACACGGAAAAUUAAUAAUACGUCGAACGAAUGGGUGUCCUUCGGAGAUGAAAGUGGUUGCCCUCUCCAACGGGUUACGUUCAAACAGAUUAACAACCUCAAAAGCCAGAAGCAGGGCUAAUCCUAGAACAAUGAACCCUCGUCCAUUCACCACGAGGAGCACUCAAGUCUACCAGAUCUAGAUCCCCCAAUACGUUCCUGGAAACAUGUUGCCAUCCUCGAAAUUGCUGCACGAGGGUCCGGCAGGACCUGUCAACGAGAACACCGCGUCCAGAGAUCCGUCGAACCGACCAACGACUACGAGCGUCAUGGACGCGACGAAUAGAAACGACGACGAUCCACCGCCGUACACGGCGAUCGCGCCGCCAAAUCACGUCGGCUGGCUGUUCGACUUUUCCGGUAUUCCGUAUUCCGCGUGCACCACGACGUCCUGCAGAGCUGAGGCUGCUCCGUUGGCGCCCUUCCAAGCGACCCUGACGUCAGCCUCUGCUUUCCAUCCCGAGGGAACUGACGGUCAGCACACGUCAAUCUCCGUGCCUUUAAUGCCUCGCAGACUGUUCAAGUUCGGCUCCCACAGAUCUGUGUUCAUGAACCGGGCCAUCCCGAUGUCGGACGACAUCUCCGUGAGCAAGGACACUCAUGGAAGGACGCGCAGUAAGUUGUACUUCCAUCGAUGCCGACGAGGAGCGUCGUUGGGAGUAAUUAGAGUGCGAUUCGGUGAUUCCCUUUCGAUGUUACAGGAUACGGUGCUAUACUCGUGGCGGCGGCUGUGAUCAUUUUCCUGAUGGUUCUGUCGUUGCUGGUGCGAUUCGUCAUGGAGAAAAGCUUCUGGCGAGGUUAGUCGCGGAUCUCCUUGCAACCGGAAGGUCGCCGAGAUGUCGCACUUGUGAUGCAACGAACGCUUUCCACCGUCCUCGAUACAGACUGACUCUAGAGUAAGCGUUAUCACGGUAUAAUUCCUCUCGCGCUGGCGCAAUCGCGGGUGCAAUUAGAGCGUGAUUGCUCUCCCUUUUUGCCCUGAAACGAAACGACAGGGGAAUUCGCGAGUUGUACAUUCCUGUAGCCGAUAAGUGCAUUGUUAAGUGUCCAUAACAUUUCGCGGAACGACGCAUUUCAGCCUUAGUAGAGUAGCUAGUGUUGCUAUAGCUUGUACAGAUCGUUUUUUAUUGCCGUUAAACUUAACAUUUUUAUAAUGUAAACGUAGAUUUUUAUUCUACUGGAGUAUCUAUAUAGAAAAUGUGGAUCGAUUUUUACCGUGCUAAUCAAACCACUUAUUCGAUGGAUAAUCUGAAUUCUUCUUUUUUUAAUUUUGCGAAGAAUUUCGUUGUGAUAGUUUAUUGAAAAUUAAGAAUAGGGUGCAUUAUUUCACUUUAUUUUGUGAAAACGAAGUGAAAGAUCAGUGAUUGUGAUAAUCUCGUGAGAUUGCCAAUGUAUGUAUUAACAAUCAUCGAUCGUAUGAAUGUUAUUUACGAAGUGUAUACAUUUUACACUAAAGAUAUCAUAUUGUUAAUUUCUCACGUAAAAAGAAAUGUACUGAAAUAAACAAAAAUUUAUUCUGUA